AUGGCUGAAAUUCAAGCAAAGAUUGAUGCUGAUAGACGUCUGCUAGCAGAAACUAAGGAUAUGGCUGAUGAGGAAAGAAACCGCAUUAAGCUAGACUUGGAAGAAAAAGAAGAAGAACUUAAGAAAUAUCAAGAAGAACAGAAUCAAUUAGAACAGAAACUAGCUACUAUAGAGAAGAAGAUUAUAGUAGGUGGUGUUAAUUUAUUAGAGAAGGCUGAAGAACAAGAAAGAUUACUUGAAGAAUCGGCUAAAGAAUUAAAUGAACAAAAAGAAAAAGAAGAAGAACUACGAAAAGCUCUGAAAGAUAAAGAGAAUGGUGUCAAAUUAGAUCUACAAUCAAAUGGUGUCAAAUUAGAUCUACAAUCAAAUGGUGUCAAAUUAGAUCUACAAUCACAAGAAAGACUGGAUAUUGAGGAACAGUAUUCUAAUUUACAAGAAGAAAUUGCUGGUAAAACUAAAAAACUGAAGAAAGUGUGGACAAUGUUGAUGUCGGCUAAAUCAGAGAUAGCUGAUUUACAACAAGAACAUCAGAGAGAAAUGGAGGGAUUAUUAGAAAAUGAAAUGAUAGAAGAUCAUGUACAUUGGAAUGAUGAUAUUGGAGAAUGGCAGUUACGAUGUGUAGCAUAUACUGGGAAUAAUAUGAGAAAACAAACACCACAAUCUGAGAAAAAAAAAGAAAAGGCAACAGAAGUAGAUUUGUCAAAUGUAUAUUUAGCUUAUACAGUUGAAGGAGCAGCAAAUGCCAUGAAACCAAAAAAUGCAAAAUCUUCUAAAUCUAGUCGACCAAAAACAGCUACUAGACCUAAAACAUCGAAAAACCUGCCAGAAUAA